GCCAAUCAUCCAUGUAAACGGAAGUAAACGACCAAGAACAAUUUUCACGUUAGCGUUUUUAUUUAGACGUUUAUUAACACCAUGGAUAUGAGAUUAUGAUUAAUUUAACUGCACAGCAUCACAAAUUUACCCCACGUAGUAUUUAAUUCGCGUUGGAUUCCAGUCUUUGUUGAUAUACGUUAUCUAGGUAAUGCUAGUUAGCUGCUAACGUUAGCUACAAUGGCCAACUCUAACUGUAUGGUUUUUCACACUCAAAUAGCCUCCAUCAUGGAGGUGCUAGCGAAUGCAGCCGUGGCAGAAAUCUGUAAACUCGUAGACGACGACUAUGCAGUGUUUGGAUUGGAAAUCACUCAAAGCCAGAAAGAAAACAGGGGAUUGCGGAGGAAACUACAACUACUGGAACUGAAGGUGGCACGGGACCGCGUCGUUGCCAGUCGUCCCAGUAGUGUCAAGAUUCUCGACCGAUACAGAGGAAUGGCAAGAGGUGAAGGACAUUUCACUGGAGGCCACAGGAGCUUUGUGAAGCCAGUGGGACACAAUACACGGGGAGAUGACCAACCAAUCACUGUUGAUGAGGGGAGUAGAACCACAACCCAACAUGUUAUCGUGAUAGAGUCUACAGAUGCAGAGGCUGCAGGUCCUGGGGUUAAGCAGGAGAGGUCUGAAGGAGAGGAUGACCUACGGCACAGCAGAGACAUCCAGGCUGGAGAGGCGGCUGUAGCCAUGGAGGACACCGCCCCAGCGCAGCCCAGGACCCGGCGCAGUAUCACGGAGGAGGGUCUAGAGGUGCUGCUGGGGAGGGAGGAGGGUCUGGUGAACCCUGAGGAGAACAUGGUCAUGGAGGACAACCAGACUAUACCUCCUGAACUCACAGAGGAACCAGCUGAGCAGCACAGGACCACACACAGUCUCACUGAGUCAGUAGACAUGGAGGAUGGGAAGCCUGAUCUGCUGCUAGUCAAAGAAGAAACAAUAGAAGAUGAACCAGAGAGCAUUGAUCUGCUGAGUGGACUAAAGGUGGGGGAACAAGGUGGUUGGCUGGAGGCUAACCAAGGAGAAUGGGUGGCCAUUUUGGAUUCCCAGACCCAGACGGGUGCUGCCAAGGGCCCAGUGAACAACAUCACCGAGCAGGCCUGGCCCAGAGGUGACAUAGUGGAGGUCAGGGGAUGGGACAGCGUCCUCAACUCUGGGCUGGGGAACAACACUGUUAACCACAACCAGAAACAGACAGUCGAACCCAAAACAACAUCUGAACAUAGUCUCCAUGACAACAGACUGGCUGAGACCAGGACGAGGCGUAGAUUUGGUCUGCGGGGACAGGAAAGGGAACGUAUGCGGCGGGAGAGUACAGACUUGGCUUACGAUGCUCCGUCCUGCUCCUAUAAUUGUGAUUCGGAGAGACUGAUCGCGCCUCAUGUUGACCCCCUAACAGGUGCUUCCUUCAGCCUGCCUUCUAUAGGAUCUAUCAACUGUAAUAUGGAUCUUGCGAUAACACAGACACUCCCUGGCCUUAAUCCUCCUCACACUCUCCUUAUGUUAAACCAGACCUCAGACAAUGACAGUGCCUCAACACUAAAUAGCUACACAAGCCCAUUGACAAAUGACAGUAGUGGAGAUAGAAUCAGUAAAGGUGGUGGCGCCAAAGAGAAGCGCUUCCCGUGUUCGUUCUGUGGGAAAGCCUUCAGUUUCCCCCAACAGGUGGAGAUACACCAGAGGAUGCACACGGGGGAGAAACAAUUCAGCUGCCACCUGUGCCAGGCUAGUUUCUCUCACUCCUUCAGCCUGAAGAGGCACCUGAGAGUCCACACAGGGGUGAAACCCUUCAGCUGUACCCAGUGUCACAUGCGCUUCGCCCAGGCUGGUCACCUGAAGAGGCACCAGAGGGUCCACACAGGGGAGAAACCCUACAGCUGUACGCAGUGUGAGAAGCGGUUCUCCCGCCAGGACCAGCUGAAGAUGCACCUGAAAAUCCACACAGGAGAACGGCCCUUCGCCAGUACUCACUGUGGGAAGAGGUUAUCAGAGAGGAGCUACCUCAGGAUGCACCAGCAGAAAAAACAUUCUACUCUAACAUAAUAGUAACCAUUCCCCUGGAUAGCUUCUGACAUUUAGAUCAAACCCAGUAUUAAAGACAAAUACACAUUUUCAUUGUUGUCAGCAGAAAGGACCCACAGAUUUCAGUGUUUAAUAUUCCUGGGUAGAAUAUUUCAUCCAGACAUUGUGUGACAUAUAUGCCUUAAGUCUAAAAAGUAUGUUACAUAUUGAGAGUUUAGGACUAUAAGGUUCUGUCUGCAAAAAGAUGAUUCUGAGAUAAUUGGCUUUAUAUUUCUGAAACCUCAUUGGUUUGAAUGGUGUCAUCUAUUUUUAUCUUGUAUUCUUUUUAACUAAACAUGAAUUGGGUUAUUAAGAGUACUAAAUAGGUAGAGAACAGAACAAGGCUAUAUCAAUAACACAAUUUGAAAAAACAUUCAGAUAGAACCAAGGCUCGUGAUUUUGUUUGUAUCCGGGGCAAAUCUGGUGCUUUUAGAUAGAAUGCAAGCUAUAUUAGAUCAAAUCCAGCCAGGAACUUUUUUAGGGCAGGUGACUCACAUUACAAGUUCGAUAAGAUUGACAGACAUAGUAAUAAAGAGGCUAGAAUGAGUCAUCGCUGCAAAUAAUUUACAGUACACCUAGAGAUUACUAUUCCCAACUAAGACUUACUUUUUUUUCUCAAAGUAAGAAAAGCUAUUCAAGAAUUGACCAUUUUUAUUCCCAAAAAUGCACGAUAUAGUGAUAUUGGAUCGUUGUCCGGUAUCAUGCCUAAUUACAUCAACAGAAAAUACACUUAGCGACAGAAUCUGUAGAAUGAACAGAGUGCAUCUUCUGGACCCGGAAUGUAUUAAAUACCUGAAACCAUUAAAAAACAUUACCAAUUUAGAAAUAGCAGACAAAGAAAAGCCGACCCCCAAUAUAAUUUGGGAUGCCUUUAAGGCGUACAUUAGGGGAAUGAUAAUCUCAUACUCGGCAAAAGUUCAAUCUGAUUUCGUGACUUAUUUUUCUUUAAUUUUAAUUUCUAUCUUAGAAAAAGCCAGUGUAAAGACUUCUAAGUUAAACAAGAAAGACAUUUCUGAACUUAAUUAGGAAUAUGAUCUUUUACUUUUGAAGAGAGCCAACAACUACAGGUUAAACUCAAAUAUAGCACACUACUUAAUGGCAAAUAAAUAUGCUACCUAUCUGGCAGCUCUCACAAAACACUACAUUUAUGUUUUAAUAGAUACAAAUGCGGUAAUUAGAAACAGUGCGAUUAAUGACAAUUUUAAAAGCUUCUAUGAAAAUGUAUAUAAAUCCGAAUUAAAAAAUAGUUGGAUGGAUUCUCCAGCCUUAGACUCAAGAACCCUGAAGCAAUUAUCAGCACUCAAAACAAUCACUAAAAACAGAUCACCCAAAAAUAAAUAUUGGAUACUAUUAAAACAUUAGCAUGGAGAAAAGCACAAUUUUAGGGCAAAGUACACCUAUUUACACAAAUGACAACACUCGUCGCUCAGUACGUCCUAGUUCCAUGUACCAAACUGUUAUUUCAGAUAUAAUAAAACCAGGAAAAUCUGGAGAGUCCCCUGCUGAUUAUAGACCCAAAAGCUUAAUAAAUUGUGACAAUACAAUAAGUGCAAAUGCUUAUAAGCAUUAGCAUGGCAAAAGUCUUACCAGACUUGAUACAUAUCAAACAGGGUUUAUUAAAAAUAGACAAACAAAUACAAGGACAUGUUUAAUGCAAUACGCAAAAAAAUAGAUAAAUAUUUAUCAAUAAUGGCUGUUGAAGCCGAAAAGGCUUUCGACCGUCUUAAAUUGCAUAUUCUAUUCAAAACUUUGGAAGCUUUCAAUUUUCCAGCUGAGAUAAUACAUUUAAAUAAAUUAUAUCAAUGUCAUGAAUCAAAAAUACAUUACCUGAUGAAAUUGCUUUAGAAAGGGGCACAAUACCCAGAUCAGACUGGCUUCAUAAUUAAUAGAUUGUCCUCCAAUAAUCUCAGAAGGUUCUUUGAUAUAAUUCACCUUGCUAACAAAAACAAAAUACCUAGUGUCGCAGUCUCCUUCGACGCUGAAAAGGCCUUUGAUUUGGUUGAAUGGCCAUACCUCUUUCGCGUCUUGGAAAAGUUUGGUUUAGGUACCGUGUUUGUAAAUUUGAUAAAAUCACUCUACAAAUCUCCUAAAGCUAGGAUUGCUACCAAUGGGAUUUACUUCCUCCUCUUUCCCUCUUUAUAGGGGGAACAGACAAGGUUGCCCAAUUAGCCCCCACCUCUUUGCCCUGGUCAUCGAACAGUUCGCUGAGGCAAUUAGAACGUGCCCUGAUAUACAUGGCUUUGAGGUGGGCCCCCAUACACAUACAUUAUCACUCUUUGCGGACAACCUUAUCUUAUUUCUAACAAACCCAGAACACUCCCUCUCUCACUUGCAGAUCCUACUACAGUGUUAUAGUUAUUUCUCUGGAUAUAAGGUCAAUUUCGAUAAAAGCAAAAUCUUACCAUUGUCUGUCUUUGACCAUCAUACAAUCAAGCAUAAGUUUCCUUUUAGAUGGUCGUCUAUGGGCUUCACAUAUUUGGGCAUAAUGGUGGAUGGUAAUCUGAACAACCUCUAUGAACUCAAUCUGGCCAGUUUGUUGCAAAAGGUGGAGGGUAACAUUUGUAAAUGGACUUACCUCUCACUACUGGGUAGAAUCAAUGUAAUUCAAAUGAAUGUCCUGCCCAAAUUUCUAUAUCUGUUUCAAUCUCUCCCUAUCUCUGUUCCCGCAGCAUUUUUUUCCUCUCUCGACAAGCUGACCAGGCGGUUUUUCUGGCUCGGCAAAACCCCUAGGGUUGGCCUGGAUAAACUGACCCUUAAUUACAGUCAAGGGGGCUUAAACCUCCCCAAUUUUAGAAUGUACUACUGGGCUGCACAGUCUAGGUUUCUGGCUCAGAGGUUUGACAAUGGGUGAACAUUGAAAAGAUUGAGGUAAAUGAUGACACUGGGGCAGAAUUGUUUUACUAAUGGGACAGAAAAUCUAUAAAAACCAUCACAGACAACCCUUUAAUCAUACAUUCUGUCCUGGCAUGGUGCAAACUGCAUGAGCUGUUCGGACGAGGGGGAUUCCUUUUCCCUAAAAACCCCUUUAUGGAACAAUAGAUUGAUUCCGAUGUUUUUCCAGAAUAGUAACUUAGACCAUGGUCUGAUAAGGGGAUCACUCUUUCUGGAACAUUGUUACGAGGAGGGAGUUCUUAUGUCUUUUGAUCAGCUGAAACAGAAAUACCACUUGCCUAACAGGGACUUCUUUAGCUACCUAGAACUACGAAACAUUAUUAGGGUGACUCAAGGGACAAUGGAACCUACCUAAGAUGUCACCUAUUGAACAACUCUGCCACGCAGACCAACCACUGUUCAAGAACAUUUCCCGUGUAUACGAUGCUCUUAUGUUAGGACUAACACUGCCUGGGCUAGAUAAACCCUGACUUAGAUGGGAAAAAGAUCUGGGUAUUGAUCUUGAUGAGGGUCUAUGGAGUGACCUAUGCAGGGAUGGUGUUACAUCCACAUUGAACUCCAGAUACAGACUGAUCCAGUUUAAUUUCCUCCAUCAGCUCUAUAUCACCCCA